UACCAAUGUGAGGGAAGUGGGGGUGGGGGAAGAGAUGACUGUAGAAAUCGGGGUAUGAGUGGCGGGAGUGGAGAGGGAGACGAAAGGAGAGAUGGAGAGAGAGACAGAGGGAGAGAUGGAGAGAGCAAUGGACAGGGAGACGGAGGGAGAGAUGGAGGGAGCAAUGGACAGAGAGACGGAGGGAGAGAUGGAGGGAGUAGAGAGAGAGACUGGGGUAAGGGUGGGGGUCGUACAGUGCGUAUGGCAGCCUUGGAGAUGUUGCUAGGUGUGUUGUCAGGGCUAGCCUCUCUGUGCACUGGGUUCUAUAUUCAGACGGCAGGGUUUACCUGGCCGUUCAUCACAGCAGCCUUACUCCACCUGAUCAACCUGGUAUACACAGCAUGGGUACUGCAGGAGACUGUGGAGAGACCCUCACACGCAGACUCAUCUUCGUCACCAUCAUCAUCACCGACACCUUUUGGUGCAGGCUCAGCCCGCUUUCCCCAACGAGAAGCCCUGAUUGGUCGGUUUCAGGGCGUGUAUCUGUUGUUCACCACGUCACCAAGGAGGAGGAAAACUGUCCUGGGGCUGAUACUGGCAGCCUUUGCCUUCUAUACGGUGUCUAAGCUGGGUGGUAUGUCCAUCUUCAUCCUGUAUGAGCUGAAUGCUCCUCUGUGUUGGAGUGAGGUGUUGGUGGGCUAUGGUUCAGCCUUGUCUACACUCAUCUACCUGGGGAGCUUUGCAGGGGUGUCCCUGCUGUCGCGCUGUCUUCGGGACGGGUAUAUAGUACUACUGGGACUGCUGUCUGUCGCUGCUGGACUACUGAUGGCUGCUUUCGCCAAGAGCACACUGCUCAUGUUCCUAGUUCGGCUGCCUCUCCUUCUCUCCAUCAUGCCUGCUCCUGUUCUGAGGUCCAUGAUGUCCAAGAUAGUACUCAGCUCUGAACAGGGUGCAGUGUUUGCCUGUGUAGCGUUCGUGGAGAUGCUGAGUAUUGGUGUUGGGAUCACCGUGUUCAGCAGUACCUACGCCUCCACUGUCUCCUGGUUCCCUGGAUUCAGCUUCCUGCUGGCUUCAGCCAUCGCACUCAUACCGGCUGUUCUGAUUGGGGUGGUAAUGUGUCUGCGUCUGGACAAGGAUGAAGAGGCCAGUCGACUAACAGCUGAUGAUGACGAGGAAGAGGAGGAGACAGAGAGCUGUGGACAGUCACUACAGCUACCACACUGAGCUACCACACUACAGCUACCACACUGAGCUACCACACUGAGCUACCACACUGAGCUACCACACUACAGCUACCACACUACAGCUACCACACUGAGCUACCACACUACAGCUACCACACUGAGCUACCACACUGAGCUACCACACUGAGCUACCACACUACAGCUACCACACUGAGCUACCACACUACAGCUACCACACUGAGCUACCACACUGAGCUACCACACUGAGCUACCACACUACAGCUACCACACUACAGCUACCACACUGAGCUACCACACUGAGCUACCACACUGCAGCUACCACACUACAGCUACCACACUGAGCUACCACACUGAGCUACCACACUAUAGCUACCACACUGAGCUACCGCACUACAGCUACCGCACUACAGCUACCACACUGAGCUACCGCAUUACAGCUACCGCACUACAGCUACCACACUGAGCUACCACACUGAGCUACCACACUGAGCUACCACACUACAGCUACCACACUACAGCUACCACACUACAGCUACCACACUGAGCUACCACACUACAGCUACCGCACUACAGCUACCACACUGAGCUACCACACUACAGCUACCACACUGAGCUACCACACUACAGCUACCACACUGAGCUACCACACUGAGCUACCACACUACAGCUACCACACUGAGCUACCACACUACAGCUACCACACUGAGCUACCACACUACAGCUACCACACUGAGCUACCACACUGAGCUACCACACUAUAGCUACCGCACUGAGCUACCGCACUACAGCUACCGCACUACAGCUACCACACUGAGCUACCACACUACAGCUACCGCACUACAGCUACCACACUGAGCUACCACACUGAGCUACCACACUGAGCUACCACACUACAGCUACCACACUGAGCUACCACACUACAGCUACCACACUACAGCUACCACACUGAGCUACCACACUACAGCUACCACACUGAGCUACCACACUGAGCUACCACACUGAGCUACCACACUGAGCUAC